GGACAUUAUUCAACCCGGAACUGUGAAUGUGAUCGAUUAGAACACUGAAAACUUUGAAGUAAAUGCAACCGUUCGAAUAGAGCUCGGAAUAAAAGAUCAAAUGUUUAUGCGAUCUCGCCGACUGUGAAACUUCCCCCGCUUCCAACAGGGUUGUAGACAUUCAACUUUCAAAAUGCCACAGCAAAAGGAUAUAGUAAAGAUUGCCAUCCAGAUGCCAGGCGCAUACCCGCAGCUCAUUCAACUAGACCAGAAAAAGCCCCUCACUGCUGUCAUAAAAGAGGUUUGCGACAAGUGGAAUCUUCCAGGCCCUGACAAUUAUGCUCUGCAGUAUGCAGAUGGAGUCCAGACCUACAUCACUGAAUCUAAUCGCCUGGACAUAAAAAAUGGCAGCAUUCUUCGUUUAACCAAAGCACCAGGCCGUUGUGCUGAAGAUCUGUAUAAAGGCAUUCAGAGUUCAGACUCGGGAGUGCGCUGUGACUCUCUGAAGCAGCUAGCGACCGUUUCCACUGACAUCACGUUUGCUCAAGAGUUUAUCAGUCGUGAUGGGCACUCCUUGCUUGUCAAGAUUGUAGAGGACGCUCACGAGGCUCCUCUGAUAAUGACACACACACUCACUGCUUUCAUGGAGCUCAUGGAUCAUGGCAUUGUGUCCUGGGAGAAUCUAUCUAGUGUCUUUACAAAAAAGAUUGCCAGUUUUGUAAAUGCAAAGGUGCUGGAUGCAUCUAUCCAGCAAGUGUCACUGGCCAUCCUGGAGAGCAUGGUGCUCAGCAGCAAUAGUUUGUUUAAUGAGGUCAAACAAGAAAUCACUCUGGAGAGACUCAUCUCACAUCUGCAGGUAACAAAUCAACAGCUGCAGACUAAGGCCAUGGCUCUGCUGAUGGCAAUGUUACAGGCUGCUGGAGAGGCAGACAGACAGGAGCUUUUUGACUUUCUUGAGAAAAGGAAUCUUCGCCAGUACAUUCACAAGAACAUCAUCCACAGCUCUAGUUCAGCAGGUGAUGAGAUGGCACAUUACCUCUAUGUGCUGCAGACUGUCCGUCUAAACCACCUGGAGCCCCGCAUGAGAACACCUCUCGACUCUUACAACCAGGAGCAGAGAGAGAUGCUGCACAUUUUGCGUCAGGCUGCGUUUGAGACGGAGAGUGAGAGCGGUCUGAGCAACGAGCGUCGACGUUCACUCUGUGCUAAAGAGUUUAAGAAGCUUGGCUUCUCGAAUAACAGUAAUCCUGGCCAGGAUCUGGGCCGCUGUCCUCCGGGCCUCCUGGCAUUGGACACCAUGGCGUAUUUUGCCUCCCGUUACCCUGACGCUUACAGCAGGUUUGUGUUGGAGAACAGCAGCAGGGAGGACAAACACGAGUGUCCGUUUGCACGCAGCAGUAUCCAGCUCACCCUCAUCCUCUGCGAGAUCUUGCGCAUCGGAGAACCUCCCUCUGAGACAGGCUCAGACUAUCACCCCAUAUUCUUCGCUCAGGACCGACUGCUGGAGGAGCUUUUCUGUAUCUGCAUUCAGCUCCUCAACAAGACGUGGAAGGAGAUGAGAGCCACGCAGGAGGACUUUGAUAAGGUGAUGCAGGUUGUCCGGGAGCAGAUUACAAGGACUCUGUCCAGUAAGCCCACAUCCUUGGAGCUCUUCAAGAACAAAGUGAAUGCUCUGAACUACAGCGAGAUCCUCAAACUCAGACAGACAGAGAGACUCCACCAGGAGGAGACGCUUGCUCCACCCGUGCUUGAGCUGAAAGAGCGUUUGAAGCCAGAACUUCUGGAGCUCAUCAGACAGCAGAGACUGAACCGGCUGUGUCAUGGAACACUCUUCCGGAAGAUCAGCAGCCGACGGAGACAAGAUAAGCUGUGGUAUUGUCGGCUCUCUCCUAAUCACAAAGUCCUCCACUAUGGAGAUGUGGAAGAGGAGACUGAGAUGCCUUCCAUUGAGACUCUUCAGGAAAAGAUUCCUGUCGCAGACAUCAAAAGCGUGCUGACUGGCAAAGACUGUCCUCACAUGAAAGAGAACAAGGGAAAACAGACCAAGGAGGUGUUGGAUUUGGCUUUCAGCAUCACUUAUGACGUUGAGGAAUAUAGCUUGAAUUUCAUCGCCUCUUCCAGAACAGAUUUUUGUCUGUGGACAGACGGACUCAAUGUGUUGCUAGGCAAAGAGAUGAGCAGUGAGAGCAUGCGCAGCGAACUUGAGAUUCUCCUCUCUAUGGAAAUCAAGCUUCGCCUCUUAGACCUGGAGAACGUCCCAAUCCCAGACACAGCCCCACCCAUCCCCAAACCACCCAGCAACUUCAACUUCUGCUACGACUUCAGCCAAGCUGAACAAUAAUGCUCAGGACACCCAUAAAUGUGUGGUCAUCCAUAAUUACUGCAUUACUAUGAUGGGAAACAACUGAAUGCUGGAAAAUGGCCACUAAGUGGCAGCACAUAUGUGCAGUAAGGUUUUGCAAUUGAGAGAGAAGUGAAAUUGAAAAAUUAUUUGAGGACUUGAUAUAAAUUAGAGCACCUUGUACAAUCAUAGAGGGAUUGCAGAACCAUGUGUCCUUUUAUAGUGUUGUGCUAUAAUCUUAAGUGCCUGUGGAGAUAGCCUUGCAUUGGUAGAUGCUUUUUGUUGCCUUGUGGCUUGGCAUAUUGCAUCUAAAUGUGCCUUUCGGACACUUGUACGAUAGACCUGUAUGAUAUUCUCUAAUCGGGUCUUUAUGCACACCUUUUGUGAUUCUCCCCAAAAAGUAGUUUUGCUUCUCCAAAUGGUUUGAAAUCCGUUUAUCCAUUAUUUAUUUACAUUUAAUGAAUGUAAAUGGUGACUCUGGUUAAUAUUCUUUUGUGCUUCAUACAAUUUUGGAACAACAUGAGGCCAUGUAAACAGAAUUUUCAUUUUUGGGUGAAAUAUCCCUUUUCACAGUAUCCCCAUUUUCAACCGGUACGAUGUUAAAGCUUAAUGCAUCAAAGGAAUUGUCAAUCAAUAGUUUACUAUGAGAAAUAACCAUUGAUAUUCAUCAUUGUAGAAUAAAAUCAACAGUUGGAUAGUUUGGAAGGUACUUCUAGCUGUUGAUCUUAGAUAAUUGCUUUGGUUUGAUCCUGAACUUGGUUUAAGUUCCAUUAGGAAAAUGGUUUGAAUCUCUAAUAUUUUGCAUGUCGUUAUAGGAGUAGUUUGGCCAAGUGUGAGUUGACAACACUGCAUGAAUAUAUUAGUGUCUGAUUUCUAUUUUCACACUAGUAACUUUAUCACAAAACGCAUGCAUCCAGGUAUAAACUCAUAAAUCAAGGAAAUUUACAAUUACACAAUGUAAAAUGAUUUAAUUUUUGGUCCAAUUUUUAUAUAGCCAUUCAAAUUAUCCAUAAAUAAAUUAUUUUCUCCCACUCAAAAUGCUGAUUUCCAUGUAGAAUUAAUGUCAGUAUUUUUAAGGAAAGAUGCAGUGUAUUCACGAUGAUUAUGUUUUUUAAAUAUUAUUUAAUGGUAUUUUAUCAAGAAUAAGGUUUCCUCAACUGACUACAAUAUCUGGCUAACGGUCUGAUUAUGGAUUUAAGGCCACAUAACAAGCACUUCUUUGUAUGUAAUUAAAAUACAUCAUAUGUUUUUUGUUUUAAGAUCAAAGAAAUAUGAUUAAAGGGUUCUGUGGUACCUUUGCAGCUGUUUGGCUACUGCAUGAAUGGAACUGACAAACUUUAAAGUGUGAAAAACUUGUGCCAUAAUUCACUGAUUUUGAGUGUUCUUUUGUGGUACUCACAAAUCUAAUGAUGACUUUGAUUUAGCAAAAAAAACUAUCCACGUACUGUACAUCGCUUCUGUGUAAUGAUUUAGACGUGACCACUUUACCACCUGAAAAUGGUAAGUGACAUUAAUUCAAGAAUUUGUUUUCCCUUUGUAUGGAAUAAAAAUAAAUAUAUAUAU